CUAUGAAACAGGUAUUUCAAACUCAACCCUUCCACAAAUGAAUUCACAGCCUCCUCUGAUAUGAGUCUACUUAAGGAACUAAAGCGGAAGGAAUGUCCUGAGUGUGGAAGGUCCAUUGUGGUCACCAGCCUAUAUCGGCACUUAAAGGUCAAGCAUGGCUCCACCUUCACAUCCAAAAAUAGUAUAUAUGGAGGGAAAGAGUGCCCUAUUUGUAAAGAAACAUUCCAUCCAAACUCAUUGAACCGUCACAUUCAAGCCAAACAUGGAUGCAUCACCAGUGAACAAAGUGUGUCACCUAGAGCAGCAACAUAUGAAUUUGAUUCUGUCCAAGAGUUCCAGCAAUGGCAAAGAGAAGAUGAACUCCAGUCAUUAUGCCAUUAUGUUAAAAUCAGGGGUGACAAGAAAAGGAAGAACUACACUGUGCACUAUUUUGGCUGCAACCGGAGUGGAACCUUCAAAUCGAGGGGAAAGGGUUUGCGUCACCUCAAAGCACAAGGAUCGAAAAAAUGUGGACAAAAGUGUCCUGCUGGCUUCUUGGCCAGACUGCAUCAGUCAGGUCCUUCAUCGAGUACAGAACAUGUCAUCACCACUGGAGAGAAAGGCCCUCAUCACCCGGAAGGAUCUGCACAACAUAAUGGCUAAUUAUGGCCUGAAAAAGAAGUGUGACAAGAUGAAUCAGAAUGACAGCAUGCAUGUGCCAAGUGAUGAAAAGACAGGCUUUGUUCAGUCUCAGCAUGAUGUCCUGAUGGCAGAAGCUGAUUUGCAUCUCAACUCAACCCAUUCCUCUCUUGAAAGUGAGAGUGCAAACACCUCAAAGGCUCGAACUUCGACUGGUGCUUCUAGUGAACUUCUCCUGAAACUGAACAUGGUUGGAGUGGAAGACAAGGCAAAUAAAAAUAAGUUGCAUGGAGUCAUUAACUUUGCGGAACUCUGCACAGAAGAUGGACGGAGUUGUGUUGUGUAUAAACAAAAGCUGCAACUUCCAGCAAAUAAAUUUGAUGAAAUGCUGCAAACUCCAGAUAGACAAGGUUUUUACAUCUGUGUCUUUGCCUACAGUGAUCCUGGUAGAGUGGGCCAUCUCACUCCCACAAGAGAGGCAAGUAUGGAAGACACUGAAGACGAUGAUGAAGAUGGCCAUCCACCAGUCGUGAUACGGUGA